AUGUCAACUUCAAUACUAAGACGGAUACUCGACCCGACCCGGAAACCCAAACCCGAUGCAAUCCUCUCAAUCUCUCUCCUCACUACCGUCUCUUCUCCGCCGUCUCCGCCAUCAGAUCCUCUAAUUUCCGACGCCGUCUCAAUCCUAACACACCACCGCUCCAAAUCCCGUUGGUCCACUCUCCGAUCACUCCAGCCUUCAGGCUUCACACCUUCUCAAUUCUCCGAAAUCACUCUCUGCCUCCGCAACAAUCCUCACCUCUCUCUCCGUUUCUUCCUCUUCACUCGCCGUUACUCUCUCUGCUCUCACGACACACACUCCUGCUCAACUCUCAUCCACAUCCUCUCUCGAUCUCGUCUCAAAAGCCACGCUAGUGAAAUCAUACGUCUCGCUCUCCGUCUCGCCGCCACCGACGAAGACGAAGACAGAGUCUUGAAAGUGUUCCGUUCGUUGAUUAAGAGUUAUAAUCGAUGUGGCUCUGCUCCGUUUGUAUUCGAUUUGUUGAUAAAAUCUUGUCUUGAUUCGAAAGAGAUUGAUGGAGCUGUGAUGGUUAUGAGAAAGUUAAGGUCUAGAGGAAUCAAUGCACAGAUUAGUACUUGUAAUGCUUUGAUCACAGAGGUUUCUAGGCGUAGAGGUGCUUCUAAUGGAUAUAAGAUGUAUAGAGAAGUUUUUGGUUUAGAUGAUGUUAGUGUUGAUGAAGCUAAAAAGAUGAUAGGUAAGAUUAAGCCAAAUGCGACCACUUUUAAUUCGAUGAUGGUGAGUUUUUAUAGAGAAGGUGAGACUGAGAUGGUGGAGAGGAUAUGGAGAGAAAUGGAGGAGGAAGUUGGAUGUUCUCCGAAUGUUUAUAGCUAUAAUGUUUUGAUGGAGGCGUAUUGUGCGCGAGGUUUGAUGAGUGAAGCGGAGAAGGUAUGGGAAGAGAUGAAGGUGAGAGGAGUGGUUUAUGAUAUUGUGGCUUAUAACACUAUGAUUGGUGGGCUUUGUAGUAACUUUGAAGUUGUGAAAGCGAAGGAGCUUUUUCGAGAUAUGGGGUUGAAGGGGAUUGAGUGUACUUGUUUGACGUAUGAGCAUCUUGUUAACGGGUAUUGUAAAGCGGGGGAUGUUGAUUCGGGUUUGGUUGUUUAUAGGGAGAUGAAAAGGAAAGGUUUUGAGGCAGAUGGUUUAACAAUUGAAGCGUUAGUUGAAGGGCUAUGUGAUGAUAGGGAUGGACAGAGAGUUGUUGAAGCUGCGGAUAUCGUGAAGGAUGCGGUGAGAGAAGCAAUGUUUUAUCCUAGUCGGAAUUGUUAUGAGUUGUUGGUAAAGAGGUUGUGUGAAGAUGGGAAGAUGGAUAGAGCAUUGAACAUUCAGGCUGAGAUGGUUGGGAAAGGAUUUAAGCCGAGUCAAGAGACGUAUAGAGCUUUUAUCGACGGGUAUGGAAUAGUAGGUGAUGAGGAAACAUCAGCAUUGUUGGCCAUAGAAAUGGCUGAAUCACUCAAGCUAAGAGCAGAAGAAGAAAGCUAG